AUGAAGUCCGUUUCUAUUCUUGCCCUCGCGGCAACCGCAUCAGCCACUGGCUGGAACGACUUUGGUGGCUUCAACUGCCCCGACAACACAGACAACAAGUGCAACACCCAACAGGAGAGUGGUUGGGACUGGAGUGACCUGCAACUCGGCUCCUUCUCAUCCUACGGAGGCUUCAGCUUCGGUGGAUUCGAAUGCGAGGAGGGCUACGGAAAGCGUGAGCCCGGCAGCCGUUUCGCCCCACGGACUUCCAAGGCCCUCAAGGGAAGCUGCGGUCACGAGAAGGAGAGCUCGCCCUCGUUCGGCUGCGGCCAGGAUACCGAGAUCGAGUCCUUCUCAGUCAGCACCAUCGAUGUCAUCACCGAGUUCGACGCCGACCUCGAGUUCCACUUUUCCAUGGGCGAUGGUUCGACAUGCAAGCAGCGCAGCUCCUGCUCUUCCCAGGGCUCGACCGUCAAGAACUCGCAGUGCGGUGGUGCCAAGAACGUGACCAUCGUCUACCCGUCCGGCCAGUCUGGUGACAAGAUCCCCAAGGCUUCCUCGACCUGUGGUGUCUCCAUCCCCACUGUCUCCUUCGACUGCUCUUCCGCCUCUAGCACCACCACCAAGUACACCCAGACCCACUCCAGCCAGAUCAAGACUUCUACAGUGCCAGCCAUUCCCGGCAAGCCCACUGCUACUGGGCCCUCCGGUGUCAAGCCCUCGUCUCCUUCUGAGACCGGCUCCAAGCCAUCCCUCCCUCCUGUUGGCCCCUCCGGACCCGGCGGCUCGCAGACCACCCCUGUUGCUUCCCAGACUCCUCCCAGCCCCUCGUCUGCCGAGUCCACCUCCCCCGUCGAGGUCCCCAGCUCUGUCGAGUCGACCACCUACGAGAUCACCAGCACCGCCAUUACCAGCUUCCAGACCACCUCCACCGUCUACAGCACCUCCAUCCAGACCAUCACUAGCUGCGGACCCGAGGUCGUCAGCUGCCCUGCUGGUGUUUCUGAGGGCCAGACUGCCACUACCACCGUUGUUGUUGCUGUCAGCACCACUAUCUGCCCUGUGACUGCCACUGAGACUUCCGUCUUCACCACCAGCCACGCCGUCACCCAGACCCAGGGUGUCCCUCCUGCCGAGACCACCCCAGCUGGUGAGGCUCCUCCCUCCGGCGAGGCUCCUCCCGCUGGUGAGAGCUCGACCUCCGAGCUGUCCCCUAUUGCCAGCACCACCGAGAGCCCUGCUGCUCCAACUGAGACUCUGCCUUGCCCGACCAUUGUCCCUGCUUGCAUCAGCACCUGGAACUUCGUUGUCGGCUGUGUUGACAACGCCGAUGCUUCCUGCUACUGCCCUGACGCCAACUUUGUCCAGAACGUCUACCAGUGCCUCUACGCUUAUGGUGACUCUGACGAGACUAUUGCGGAGGCCAUCCAGUACUUCCAGGGUAUCUGCGGCUCCUACGCUGGUAACAACCCUGCUGUCGCCACUGGCGCUUCGGUGACCACUUACCUGACCGUCACCGCCACUCCUCCCGCAUCUGCUACCACCAUUGUUGUCCACGAGACCACAGUUGUUCCUUGCACCAACUCUGCCGGCGAGAUUUUGCCGUCGUCAUCCUCGACCGUCACAGUUUCGACUGUCCUCACCGUGCCCCAGGUUGCUCUGACCACCUACACUGCCUCCGAGACCACCCAGGUUGGUGUUGUGCCCGUCACGAGCUACCCUGCCUCUGCCGUCGAGACCGCCGGAGCUGUCUCCCCAUCUGGGGCUGCCCCAGGCGGGGAGGCUCCCUACCCCACCGGCAGCUCUGCUGGUGCGUCGGGUGUUGCCCAGGGCACCACUGCCCUCGUGCCCUCCGCUUCCCAGACUACCGUCGUCACCGCCGGAGCUGGAAGGACCGGAGCCAGCCUUGGCGCUGCCUUCCUGGCCGUCGUUGCUGUUCUCGCUCUGUAA